ACGUGGAUUUGUUUAGACGACUGUCAAGCCCCUUUCGUAGCGCAUUUACAAAGUCCGUGGGGUGCUUCCGGUAAGCCCCGUAGCUGGCGGCGCUUUCCCGACAAACGAUACCGGGGGCCAACGGGGGCGACAAGAUCCACUGUCUACUUCCCUCCCCCCUCUUCCCGGUCAGUCAGCGUCCCUCUACCCCGUCCUCACUUUCCCCACGACGUUACACCUCCGAUGCUGAGACAGAGACAGAGACAGGGGCAGGGGAGUGACGACGGCGACGAUGCCCGGCGAAACGAGCGAUGGAGGAGGGGAAGACAUCAACGGCGGACAAGGCCGCCAUAUUGAAUCACUCUCGUUAAUUUUUGCGCAGAGGCGGUGUGAAUUUUUUCUCCUUGCGCGGAAGGUAGCAGCUCAAGGUUGUGUCUGGGAUUCACGAUCGUGACAAUCGUUCACGCGGUUACCGUUGGUACGCGUCAUCCCUCCGAGCUGUAUGUAUUGUUUUCGUGUUGUUAUACAAACUAAGUAAAGUGAAAAUCACGGUAAACGAUGUAUGGAUAUGCUACGCGAAAAAAAUUCAUGAAAACAUGCGGAAAUCGUGCGUGCACGAUCGCGAGACAGUGAAGUGUGCCUGUGAUAGGGAGGGAUACUUGAGAGAAGUGAAGUGUAUGCGUACACUGACUGCGGUAUGUGGUGUGCGCCAUGUCAUUGUACGUAAGCGAUAGUAUAGAGUAAUAUAUCGCAGAAUGAAGUGAAGUGGAGUGGAAAGCGACCGACCACUUUGCCUACCUAACUGUCUACCUAAUAGCGUGCCUGCCUGCUUGCUUGGUUGUGCAGCCUAUCUACUAGUCUGCCCAUUUAUUCGUCCACUUUGUGUAUAAUUGACUUUAUCAAAGCGAUUUACACAAAUUUGGACCAACUCUUGAUUGAUCUCUUCUCAGGUACGUGAGUCUUCCUGAAUGUGGGAGACAUAGGCAUGUGUGGGGGUCAAAACACUUCGUGCAUCAUUCCAGAGAAGAAUUGCUGUAUUUGAAAGAAUGGAAGCCAUGGAUUUGGACGGGGAUGCGGUAGUGGAUUUGAGUGUUAGCAGCAGUAGCAGGAGAAAUUCUCCUUCGAUCACUGUUAAUUCUGCAGAUGUAGGAGUUCCAUUAGAUUUAGGUAUUCAUUUUUCUUCGAAUCCUAAUGUGGAUAACAAUAUGCCAGAAGCACGAAACAUUCAGAAUGCAGCAAGAGGCAUUUUAGCUCCUAAAUCUGGAGAUGAUAGAAAAACACGCCGAAAUCUUAGACCUAGAAUUGAAAUAAGUUAUGCAGAAACUCCAGAUGAACGUAGAAUAAAUGGUUAUGUUAAUGGAAAUGCAGAUAGUGAUGAAGGUGAUAUGCCUCCUUUGCCUCCAAUAAAAGAAUUAUCAUCAGAUGAAUUAGCUGAACGAGAGAGGACACUUAGAAAAUUAAGAGAGGAACUUAGAUCUGAGGAAAUGAAAUUGGUAUUAUUGAAAAAAUUAAGACAAUCUCAACAAUUAAAAGAAAAUAUUGCUGCUGUACCCAAAGUACCCAGUAAAUUACCACCGCCAGUUACAGUACAACCAACUCCUCAUAGUCAUAGAACAGGCAAAGCACCACCACCAUUGCUUAGAGGGCAACCUGCACCAAGCAGAAGCAGUAGUUUACAUGCACCACCACCUGGAAUGUUACUACCACCUACAGUUGGUAGAAGUUCUACUUCUAGUACUGGAAUGCCACCUAAUAUGGUCAUACCACAACCACCUCAUCCUAGGGGCAGGCCUCCUAGUGCAACAUCAAAUGUAUCAAAUUAUCAUGCACCUGCAGAUCGAACUGAAAGAUCCACAAAAGAUCCAACACCUACACCAGCACAUCAAGUAAGUAAGCUGCUUGUUGGAUCUCAAGAAAAUAAAACCACCGCAUCCUUAAGCACACCUGUGAUUUCAGAACAGGAAAGACCAAGAGAUGAUAAUCAGACACCUGCACAACGUCAAGCAGCUGCUAAAUUGGCUUUAAGAAAACAACUUGAGAAGACUUUGUUACAAAUACCACCUCCAAAACCUCCACCACCGGAAAUGCACUUUGUGCCAAAUCCGUCUAAUACGGAAUUUAUAUAUUUGGUGGGUCUGGAACAUGUAGUUGAUUUCAUCACUAAAGAACCUGCUAUUCCACCACCUCCAGAACCUUUCGAAUGUACUCAAUGUAAAACGGAUUUCACACCUGUAUGGAAAUGGGAAAAGCCUAUAACUGGUGGCAAGAAAGAAGGUCCACGAGUGCAACAUGCAACUUUUCAAAGACCACCAGCAGGUCGCGAUCCUAGAGUUAUAUGUGAACAUUGUGUAACGACUAAUGUUAAAAAGGCUCUCAAAGCAGAGCAUACUAAUCGAUUAAAGACAGCGUUUGUAAAAGCAUUACAACAAGAACAAGAAAUAGAACAAAGGUUGGCACAAGCAGCGUGUCCAAGUCCAGAUCCACCAGCUCCUAAACCAGUUCCUAAAGCAGCUACUCCUACGAGAAGAGUAGCAACGCCACCAGCCCCCCCACCUCAAGUUCCACCAGCACCAACGCUAGCACCAACUCCACCAGCACCUAAGCUACAAGAACAUCCUCUGGUUAAAUUAGCAGAAAGUGGAAAAUUCAGUCCACAUCAUGCUGCUGCAGCUGCUUUGCAACAACAGUUGCUUAGAGAACUGGCAAAAAAUCCUGUACCAGGUCUGCCACCUCAUCAACCUCUUCCUGCUCAUAUGAUGCCACCAUUUACCUCGAUAUUAUAUCCUUAUCAAUUAGCGAUGGCGCAAGCUGGUGGAAAAGGUCUCGCUGAAUUGCAACGACAAGCAGCAGAUUUGCAACGUCAAUAUCUGCUUGAUAUGAUUCCAUCACAAGCAUCUCAAGCACAGGGUAAUCAGGCUCCACCUCGAGCCCAUCCACACAAUUGGAAAACGUAACCGAACGCAUUUAAACAUCGACCACUAAACGCAAAUAAAUGAAACUGUAAAGCUGUGUUAAGAAUAUUGAGAAGCAAAGAUACUCAUAUUCUUUUUCCACAUUAUCGUACUAAAUGGAAAUCUUCGAUGGAAUGUUACAUCUUUGUAACAUUUCUAGGAUAAUAUACUAAUCGAUGCAUGAUUGGCAUCUGUAUUUACAAAGUGAGCUCAAACUUGGAAGAAUAGACAAGAUAUUUCCUGUAUUAUGUGAAAAUGGGAUAUUUUAACCAUCAUUUUGUGAAUAUACAUUGAUGUGUGAGUGUGACUUUUGAUUGUUACCUGAAAGAUUUGAUGAUUUACUUUUUACAAGAUGUUUUAUCGUCUUGAAGAACUUUAACUUUCGGUUACAUAAUAUACGAAUAAUUAUCUUAGUGAUUUCAAAAAGAGAAAAUGAAAAACUGUUCAUAAUUUAAGCUUAGCAAACAAUUUUCAAAUUGAUUUCUUUAAGAGCAAUAUCUGCUUUUUUCACAUUAUCUUAUGUUGAAAUUAAUAAUAUUGCAAGCGAAUAAUAGGUGAAUGUCAAUCAACUAAUUGGAUUAAGUGCAUAAUAACUCGGACGCACAUAAAUGAAUAUAAUUGCUUCAAUUAUUACAUUAUAUAUAUUAUAUCUACAGAACCAAGUGGACAUUUAUAAGGCACUAAGUAAUAAGUGUUACGUGAUUAUAAAAAAAUUGGUUGAUUUACAAUAGUAAUAAGUGGAGAGAGAAAGAAUGCGAAAAAAAGAGAAUGUGGGAGAGAAAGUGAACACUAUGUGACGUAAAGCAACAAAGUUGAAAAAAAAAAAAUGGGAUCUUCUUAGGCCCUUGAUAUAUUACAGUUAUCGAUCUUUGUCGCUAGUUUGAAUAAUUUUUGUAAUCAUCGGCGGUACCUGUACUCUGUGUAUAUCUCUUUAUUUUCUUCAAACAGUGAAAUAUUUUUAAGGCGGUUGUAAUAAUUGAAAAAGAGAAAGAGUAAGAACAAGAAAGUUGUAGACUCAAUAAGAAAAAAAGGGGAAAAAAAUGAUCUUUAUAAGAAAAUGUGUGUCGCUGAUAUAGUCAGCAAGAUAUGAAUGUGGGUGUGAGAGUAACGAUUCUUUUUCUUUUUUUUUUUUUUUUGUCAUCGUUGCAAAAGGAUAAAGAAUAAGUAUUCAGUAUGUUUUUAAAAAAUAGUGACAUGAGUGUCAUUCGCGCAUAAUUUGUAAGAAUUUUGUGAUAACAUUUUUCUUGUUGAAGAAUAUGUUAAAAAAAAAAAAUGAAAGAAAAAACGAAAAAGAAUAUAUAUAAUAUAUAUAUAUAUAUAUUAUAUAUAAUAUAUAUAUUAUAUAAGAUAUAUAUAUAUAAUAAAAAUGAAAGAUAAAAAGAAAAUCUGUCGAUCAUCAAAGAUGUAAGUUACUUAUGAUUGCGCGACUGAUUUCAUGUGUCACAUUGAUGUAAAAGUAUUUAAUGAAUUUAACACAAAUCGUAUUUACCCAAAGUUUUUCUCAAAGGAUAAAACAAAGACGAAGUGGCAGAAUGCCAAGUUUUUAUGAAAUCCUUUCUUCUGAAAAAAAAAAGAAAAAAAAAAAACAAAAAAAAAACAAAAUGAAAAAAAAAAACUUAUCUACACUUUACAAAAAAAAAAAAAAAAAAAGAAGAAAAAAAAGAAAGAAAGAAAGAGUGAAAACAAAAUCUCUCCGACACACAUCCCAAGCAAUACUUAUUACCACUCCUACUCUAAAUAAUCUGAUUUUUCAUUGAUUACUGGCUAACCAACCGAUCUUGGUCACAAUUUCCGAAUCACUAAAUAUAUAGUUAACUGUAGUCUUGAUAUUUCUCGGUAUAUACAAGUUAAUAAACUAAAAAUAGCAUAAUCAAUCUCUCUUUGUACUUCGUGAUAGAUUUUGAACUCAUACUUGAUAUACAUGUACACCGUAAUAAGUCGAUCGCAUAAUAGAUCAAGAUCUGUGUUUUAUGUAAAGGAAUCGAAGUAAUAUCAUCGUUGUCAAUUGUCAUUUUUGCCAGGACGCUACCGCUAUUAUUCUUCUGAUCGUAAAAAAAAAAAAAAAAGAAAAAAAAA